CACGGAGGUACGCGCUCCCCGCCUUAGCCACGAUGCUGCUGCUGCUGCGGAGCGCCGGCGGCCGCAGACGCUUGACUGCUGCCGCCAUAUCCGCCGCUCCAUUACCCCCGGAACCACUCCAAAUCUGCAGUUGUGCUAGACAUUUGGGCUUCCCUGGGAUUCCCAACAGAGCCCUCAGCAGCAGCAGCAGCAGCAGCAGCAGCAGCAGGACUUGAAAGAAUGAGACAGAUCAAGGUUCUGGAGCAGACACUUCAAAAAGCAACAUGAAGACUGAUGCAGUUCCCAGCCAGAAAGGCUCCCCUCACUCUGAUGGAGGUUCUUCAGAGCCCCCACAUCCUCAGCCCCCAAUGUUGUCACCACCUACAAACUGCUGCAUGAGUGGCUGCCAAAACUGCGUGUGGCUCCAGUAUGCUGAGGAUCUACGGCACUAUCAGGAUGGUGGGGCCAAAGCAUUGGCUGCAGUGGAGGAAAACGUCCAAGAUGAGAACAUUAAGGCCUUUAUCAAGAUGGAGAUCAGGUUUCGAAUGAAAGAGAAAACCUGAGGUACUCUUCUCCACCUGACAGCUGUCUCUCAGGGAGCUACAAUCACCUCUAGUAAUUUUUGUGCCUCCUUUUUCCAGGGGCCUUGGGGUAAAAAGUGAAUAAUAAUAGAAUGAGUAUUUAUUGACUUUGCCUGAAAA